AUGGCCGAUUCGGAUCAAGAAGAAACCAUUCAUGCGAGGAAACAGCGACUGUCAUUGGUUCCGCGAGCUAUUCGCUGUGACAGGUCCUAUCCCUGCGCCAACUGCCGUUCGCUAGGGAUCGCGUGCCAGAGACCCGGUGAUAGCCCGGCCAGUCGUCCGAAGCCGGACCGAAUGCCGCAACUACAGCAGCACAUACAGCAGCUAGAGGAGCGCCUUCGCGUAGUUGAGGAAACCCUGCAUAGUCGAACAAGCCCGAGAGCACCGCCGGAACCACGGGCUCACUCGGAAUCCCGAGCAGAUACGGUUGCGGUGUAUGAGGGAUCGUCGUCUUUUGCAAAUCAGUCCAUCGAAGCGACCGAAGCCUUCCAAAAAGCAACGUACUCGGACGAUACUGCCAAUGGAUCCACCCUGGAUGCUUCUUUUCGCCAUCUUCAAGAUCUUCUCCGACCAUCCACUACCUUUAACGACUAUCGAUUCUCUCGCAAUGCCAGGCCCCAACCAGUGCCGCACAUGACCCUUUUACCAGCGGAGCUCAUCCUAGCUAUUUUGCGGAAGGUGAAAGGUAAUGAACCGCUGCAACCACCUGUUUUCCUCUCGUCCUAUGUCUUGAAUGAUGUAGACUGGGUGGAGAGGCUCUGCCAAAAGGUUUACUUCCCUACCGAGCCCGUGUCGUUGGGCGAACUUACUAGUAUGCACGGCAUUCUAUACAUCUUCUUACGCGAAUUCAUUCUCCUCAAAAACCCUCUAGGUGACGCGUUCGAUCUCAAAUUGCACGUGGAGACGUGCCAAAAUAACUUCAAUCUUGGAAUCGAGACAUACGAGCUUCUGGUCGUACCGAGCUUUGAGAAUAUUUUCUCGUUAACUCUAGGGGGAAUCAAAGCCCAGGAUGAAGGGAAUCCAUGUCUAUGCUCCACCAUGUUUGGGGCGGCCGCAAGGAACCUUCAAAUGCUGGGGUAUCAUCGCGAAGUCAUGUACCAGAACACCCACGCGGGCAACGCCGAAAACAGGCGCCGAUUGUUCUGGACAGUUUAUACAUUUGAACGGAAUGUCUCCUUACUGAUGGGACGCGCCUCGUGUCUGCAAGAUAUCGAAAUAGAUACACGCUAUCCGGAGGUGUCCUCGAAUCCCUCUGUCAGGCCGUGGGAUGAGUCCUUUAUCAUGGGCAUCAGGAUGGCUCGGCUGCAAGGCCAAAUAUACAGUCAGCUAUACUCUACGGCUGCAGUGGCAAUAGACCCGGCCGGACGAUCACAGCAUGUCAGAAACUUGGCGACCGAUUUGCACCAAUGGCAUUCCGAGUUGAAGCAGAUCGAUGGCACCCAAGUGAACUACCCUCAAAUUUAUCAGUUGUCCCGAAAGACCUGGGAUAUUCUGUACUAUUCUAGCUUGACCUCUACCUUGCGAGCGUCAUCGACCUCUGGGUUUGGAUCAGAGAUUACUUCAGAUUGCUUCAAAGCAGCUCGCCUAGCCCUGCAGGGACACCUCGAUUGCAUGCCUGCUUAUGACGAGAGUGGAUUUCUUUCGAGCGUUGAGUAUGCAAAUUGGGUGCUGGUAUCGUCAUCUUUCACGCCUUUUCUGGUGAUCUUCCUGCAUGCCGCUUCCGCAACUAGCUGGGAAGACCUGGAGCUCCUUGAUCAAGUCGUUUCCUCGUUAGAGCGCAUUCAAUCAGUGUCCCGGGCGUGUGAGCGGCUCUAUCAAAUAUGCGCAACAUUUGCGCGGCUGGCAAGAGGCCUUAUGCAAACUCACACAUCACAUUUUGGGACAUACACCGACGGGGAUGACACUCUCCGGUUCUUCAACGGCGCCGGUCAAAUGUCGACCUUCGAUCCCGAGUCAAUCCAGGGUGUCUUUGGCACUGAGACGCUCGAUUAUUUGACCGCUGCAGAGGCGGACGACAUGACAUCCAUUCUGGGUAAUUGGGCAAGCGGACAGCCCUUAGCAAUGGACCUUUUUGGCCUUAGCGAGUAG